AUGCUGCUCUGCCUUUGGCAGGCAGCCAACUUCUAUUGCUGCGUUGCUGCCACCAAUUUACCUCGAAAAGAAGCAUCAGCCCAGGCCUUUGCAUCUUCCGCCGACGGGAAACUCAAGUUUACAAAGAUUGAUGCACCGGUGCUAGGUCCAGGAAACACAGGCUCCGGAGCCACAUGGAACCUCACCAUGGACGACAACACUACCGGUGCCAAGCAGACAAUCACGGGUUUUGGUGGCUCUGUAACUGAUGCCACGGUCGUUGCUUAUAACCUGCUACUCACCGACAAGAAAGCUGAACUACUCCGAAAGUUGAUGACAGAAGAUGGCGCCAACUUCAGCCUCAUCCGUCAUACGAUAGGGUCAUCCGAUCUUUCACCGGCCCCUGAAUACACCUAUGAUGAUAACAACGGCCAAGAAGACCUUGAACUGCGUAGCUUUCAGCUCGGAAAAAGUGGGACAGAUAUGGUAUCCAUGCUAAAGGAGAUGAAGGCUUUGCAGCCAUCCAUGAUCCUUCUCGGAACCUCGUGGGCACCGCCGGCAUGGAUGCAGCUAGAUCGGAAACUUGUUGGCACGACUGAGAAGAACAACUUUGACCACAAGUAUGAGGCACAGUUCGGCCAGCUCUUUGUCAAGUACUUGCAAGCAUACAAAAAUGGUGGCGUGGAUGUCGAUGCCAUCACAAUCCAAAACGAACCACUCAACAGCAAUGCCGGCAUGCCCAGUCUUUAUGUUUUUCCUGAAGAAUCUGGGAAGCUGAUAAAGGACCACAUCGGCCCGGCAAUCCGCAAGGCUGGAUUCAACACCCAGGUCUGGGCAUAUGACCACAACACUGACAGGCCCGACUACCCUCAGACGGUACUUGACAUUGCCCGAGAGUUUGUUCCUUCGGUUGCGUGGCACUGCUAUGCUCCCGGCGAGAACUGGUCUGCUCUUACAACCUUUCACAAACGCAACCCCUCCGUCAAGCAAUUCCAGACAGAGUGCUGGACAUCUGCGAAGCAAACAAAAUGGAACCAGGCUUCAUGGUUCACCAUGGGCCCGCUGCAGAACUGGGCAUCGGGUUCGAUGGCAUGGACGCUUGGCACCGACAACCAGGACGGCCCUUACUUGCCAUAUCAAGGUUCUUGCGGAACUUGCACGGGUUUGUUCACAGUAGACAGGAACUCAAAAACCUACACCCUUAGGACUGACUAUUACAUGAUUGGGCAAUACAGCCGAUACAUCCCAAGAAAUGCCGUGGUACAUGUCGUUACCGGCAGUUACAGCUGGCCUGACGAUACCGGUGUGGAGAGUGUGGCGACGGUCAACCCGGACGGCACUCGAACAGUGGUGAUCGAGAACAAGCUGAAGAAUGACGUUCAUAUCACGCUCCACACUGCGAAGAGCAAAAUAUUCGUGCUACGCCAUCACCUGUUUGAUUCACCGUCAUUCUUUGCCGUCUCAGCAAUCGAGAGCUUGUCUCUGUCGCUCCCUAUAAUCGACAAUUAUUACUUCACAACACACCAAGCAUCUUGGGGUCGAAGGCGGUUUGUCCUCGCCAUUCGCGACUUUUUGCCUCUGGCAAGGUAUAUAGCGGGCCAAUCUAGGCGCGUUAGAUUUCCAGCGUCAUUUGCCACAGCCAUCGACCGUGCCGUGCACGCGCGGUCGGGCUUCCAGGCUUUGCUAAGCAAAACUGGACACAUCACCGAUGACGCUGCCGACUCACGUCAUUCGCAUUUUGCCGAGAUCCUCGACGAUGUGCGCGGGUUACUGCAGCCGUUCAUUUUACCCACGGUACCUUUCACUACUGGCCCAUGCCGUAGUUUGAGCAAAAAGAAGCUAUACUACUUUAACUCAUUCACACCCCUCACUGUUUAUGACACCCCAGACAUGGAUGAAACGGCCGACGGGAAUAAAACAGCUCAGCCAGUGUACGAGGCGGAGCGUGAGGACACAUUUGAAGACGCAUACUGGGCGUUUUCAAUACUUUUGCAUGACUUUGUUGCGCUGAGGGUGCAAGUCAAAAAGCUGUGGGAGCGGUAUGCACGUCACGAAUUGCACCUAGGGAGCGUGGCCAUCGCGACGAAUGCGGCCAUCCAGAUUGCUCGCAGCCUGGAAGAGGACGUUCAGCAUUUGUUCGCUGCUCAUGGUGGCAUCCAUGUAAUCCAGAAUCAGUGGUAUGGGAUUCUUUGCGACAAUGCCGGCCACGAUCCAAGGCCAGGACCGGGCGAGUUGCUCAACUGGGAUGCAUACCACCUUGCAGACCAUUGCUUCAUCCCGGCGAAUUUAAUCAUCGCAGCAUUCUCAGAGGCUUAUGUUCGGGGAAAGAUGCACCAUUCCAAUGGAGACUGUGGCUGGUAUGACGAACUCGCAACAGCAAGUGAUCAAAGGACGGAGUUCUUUCACAGCAAAGCUGCUCUCUCGGAAAUAUUGAUGGAAACUGCGGUCGUAUUUCACGUCUUGUCCGAGAAUGAACCGAAGGAAAUGGCGGACCUCGAUCAAAUGAUCUUGCAGACCAUUGAAACUACUGGGUCGCUGGCUUACAUGGCACAAUUGGUGCAUGCCCUGGAAGCGGAAGGUCUGCUGCCCCACGACAAGCGCUGGGACGAUCUAGACGCGGCGCGACACUUCCAACCUCGCAGUUCAUUCUUUGUGGGCAGUCCUCCGCGAGAUGUCGAGGCGCACUUUCGAAACCACGCGCUCAUGAUGGGCUGCUCCCUCACAAACUUUGCACGCAACAGGCGGGCAAAGAAGACUGAUCUCCGCAGCAGAGGCUCGCCGCGGGGUCUGAGAAUUGGAGCGCCCAUUACAAGGUUCACGGGGGACUUGUUCCGCGGGAUCGGUGCUCGUGGUGGUUUGUCGGUUGAGCAGGUGGAGCAGAUAUUAUCCAAAGGUGCGGACAGGACCAAAUUGUGGCCGGAUGGUCGUUCAUUUCCGGACACGCAGGAGAGUGUGGAAGCCGGCAAAGUUCCCCACGACCAUGAGAAGCAACGGCUGGAAGAUGGCGACGUCUCUUGCAAGCCUGCAACCCUUAUCCUGCACCUGGCGAUGGCGCUCGAGGCCGAGAUACCCGAGGCUACCUUCAACUAUUUUACGGUGUAUCGGACGACGUGGCAGGCGCUGCGCGAUCUCUGGGACGACAAUGCAUCGUAUUUUGACAAGGUGUUUGGGGAGCUCGAGGUGCUGAGAGACAAGUCGCGUGGUCCAUCACUUGUGACUUUUAUUCUGAUGGCGGCGACGGGGAGGAACGACUGGGUUGCGUUAGGUCGGGACCUCAAGCUUCCGCUGGAGCUUUCGGCCAAUUCUAUCAAGAAGAUGCUGGAUAAAGGGGUGGGCAGGGUUGCUACUGCAGAACUGGAAGGGCUGGGGAUUAAGAUCGAUGAGCUACUAUAA